AUUGAUAGGCAGGUCUUGGUUGGAUCGUUUCUAUCCAGGCUGGAGGUCUGGUUUUACAAAUGCGACGAUGAUCAAUAAUUUGGCUCAAGAUAAAGGUAUAGAAGGAAUAGUUAACGGUUUGAAAACUAAAUACAGUAAAAUUUUUGAUAAAGACUUUUCAGAGCCGGUUGUUGGAUAUGAAGGUGACCUGGUUUUGAAAAGCGACCAACCGAUUUUUAAGAAGGCCUAUACUGUACCGUACAAGCUAAAGGAGAAAAUGGAAAAACACUUGGAAAUGCUCGAACAACAGAAAGUGAUAACACCUAUAAAGGCUAGCGAGUGGGCGUCACCUGUGAUAGUGGUAGUGAAGAAGGAUCAGGAUAUCCGAAUGGACAACCAUCAUGGCUCACAGGAGUCAGUUGAAGCUACUCCACUCGAGAAGCCAAAGUUCGAAAUUGGCACUACCAGAAGUGCAGAGAAGGAAGCGCAGUUACCCGAAUCCAGACGACAUGGAAUUCCAGGGCUGGUCUGAGCCUGAGGAAGAACCAUUUCUAGGGUUUCCCGAACAAGUAUUGGAAGACAGAUACGGCCACAGUUCCAAACAGUCGAAGCGACCGAAAUUAGACGACGGUGUGAUCAUGACCAGAAGCCGAGCGAAGAGACGGAAUUGUGGAUUAAACUAAAUGAAUUAUUCUGAACGAAAUAUUUGCAUGAAGUGCUUUCAGAUCUAGCAAUUAAGUAAAAAAUUCGAGUACUUAAAAAGAAUUGUCUGAAUUGUUUAAAUCAUUAAGCUUUACUGAAUAUAAUAAGUUAAGUGUUAAGUUCACAAAAGUUCUAUAGAGGGAAAGACUGUUGCGUAUUGCGCAAUCGAUAUUUUAAAGAUGUAACGCGUUCAGUGUUCAGUGUGUUAGAUCGGUUUCCAAUACCUCUUCAAGUGAGAGAACUGAGAGAAAAGAGAAUGAAAUAAAAUAGGAUCAGAUUGAUCUGUGACUCCAACGAGAA